UUGUCAAAAUACAAAGCUUUAGAGGGUGAGAGAGAGAGAGAGAGAGAGAGAGAGCGGGAGACGUUGGCGUCCACGAGGACGCAAGGCAAUUUGGUCCAACAAAAAAAAUCGUCCGUUGCAAUUCGCCGGACCAUAUUCAGGCCCCUCCCUUUGCUCAUAACCCCUUACCGAUUUAUUCUCUCUCCUAAUUUUUUUUUCCUCUCUACAGGGGCUGCGUCUCUCUUUAUCCAAAGGCUUAGCAUUAUUUUACAGGCUCUCUCUCCUUUUCUCUCUCUACAGUGUCCGCUGUCUCUCUUUGUCGUGAGACCGCAGUCCCCAUUGUUUAAUUACCCUCCUCUCUCUCUCUCUCUCUUGUCCGAUAUCUUUAACAGUCUACCCGUCUUUCUCUCUCCUCUUUCUAUCUCUUCUGUGGAUCCUGUUCCCUCUCCUCCCAAGGCAACCCCAUUUCUUUAUUUCCUCUUCACCUCCCUUUUCCUCCUUUUCCUCUUUCAGAGCGAAAAAGAAAUCAAAAGAGAAAACCCAUCCCCACCCCAAUCUCUCUCUCUCCUCUGCAAAACAAAUACAAGAAAACCCCAUUUCCCAAACCCCUUCUCUCUCUACAGGUGCUAAACCCAUUUCUCAAAGGAACAGAAACGAACCCAAGCCCCAAAUCAAAUCUCUCUCAUUCUCUCUCUCUGAGUCGCCUUUCAGAAUCCAAACGAUACCUCCAUCUCUAUCUCUCUGUGCAGGUCUCCGAGCAAUCUUUCUCUCUCGGCUCUGCAAUCCCAAAUUUCUCUACAUCUGCGAGCGCAGUUCUUGAACCCAAACCUCUCCCUAGGCAGCAGCUCCGAAAUCCAAAUCUCUCCAGCUCUCGCGCAUUAUCUCCUCAAGCUCAAUCGUUCUAUCUCUCUUACAGUAGCUCUUUGAACCCAAAUUAUUUCUCUCUCUAAUCACGCUAUCUGUCCAUUUCGAUGUUCUCAAUCCUGCCAGCUUUACCAUGAGAACGCAUCAAUUCCCUUCAUCUCCUUAUGCCUAACCGCCAUUUCCUCUCUUCUCCAAUCCAAUGCACCAGUUCUCCUAAACCUACAACCACAUUCCAAUGCCAGAAGACGACGACGACACCCCCUUUGACAAUCCUCCUCCCCGCCCGCGUCCUACUCAUCCUACGAAGCGGGUCGCCCCUGCCUCGGACGACAGCCCUCUCCAACCCCAAACCUGUGAAGAACUUCUCCCCAACGGCGACCUCUACGCCGGUACAUUUUCCGGUAACCUUCCCCACGGCCCUGGCAAAUACCUGUGGGCGGACGGGUGCAUGUACGAGGGAGAUUGGCGCUGUGGCAAGCCCUCUGGCAAGGGCCGCCUCUCCUGGCCCUCUGGCGCCACAUACGAGGGCGAGUUUCGUGCUGGUUACAUGGAUGGCCUCGGAACCUACAUCGGCUCCUCUGGUGACUCCUACCGAGGCUCGUGGCUCCAAAAUUUGAAGCAUGGGUUUGGCCAAAAGUGCUAUGCAAAUGGUGAUUUUUACGAAGGGAUGUGGAAGAAGGGGUUGCAAGAGGGGCAUGGGAGAUAUGUUUGGAAAUCAGGGAAGGAGUAUGUUGGUGAAUGGAAAGGAGGUAGGAUUUGGGGGCGGGGAGUGCUGAUAUCCGAGAACGGUGAUCGGUUUGAUGGGAGGUUUGAGAAUGGGGAACCGGACGGCAAUGGGGUUUUGACGUGGUCGGACGGGAGCUGUUAUGUGGGUUCUUGGAGUCGGGAAAAUCCAGAGAAGAGGUCGGGUUCGUUUUACCCACCACCGAAGCGGGCUGGUGGGCCUGAGAUCGAUCAUGAGCCUGUUAAGAGGGGGAUUCUGGGACGCAGGAUCUGCAUAUGGGAGGCGGAUGGAGAGGCGGGGGAUAUAACGUGCGACAUAGUGGAUGGAAGGGAGUGGGAGGGGUUGGCGAGAUCGAGAGUAAAAGGGGUGAGGGGGAAGGGGAGUCCAUGGUGUGGGCAAGGUGAAGUUAAGAGGCAGGGGCAAACAAUUUCAAAGGGGCAUAAGAACUAUGAACUCAUGCUGAAUUUGCAGCUUGGGAUCAGAUAUUCAGUAGGGAAACCUGCCUCUUCUCAAACACGUGAGCUCCGAUCCACAGAUUUUGAUCCCAAGGAGAGAAUUUGGACUAGAUUUCCCCCUGAAGGUUCAAAGCACACACCACCUCACCAGUCUGUGGAAUUUCGAUGGAAGGAUUAUUGUCCUGUUGUUUUCAGGUAUUUGCGCCGCCUGUUUAAGAUUGAUGCAGCCGAUUACAUGUUAUCAAUAUGUGGAAAUGAUGCCCUAAGGGAGCUAUCUUCUCCUGGUAAGAGUGGCAGUUUCUUCUACCUCACUCAUGAUGAUCGUUUCAUGAUCAAGACCAUGAAGAAAUCUGAAGUUAAGGUGCUUCUCAGGAUGCUCCCUAGUUACUACUAUCAUGUAUGUCAAUAUGAGAACUCACUAGUAACGAAGUUCUUUGGCCUUCAUUGCGUCAAACCAGUCGGUGGCCCAAAGGUACGGUUUAUAGUGAUGGGUAAUCUGUUUUGCUCGGAGUAUCGGAUACACAGACGAUUCGACCUGAAAGGUUCUUCGUAUGGCCGCUCCACUGAUAAGUCUGAAGGCGAGAUUGAUGAAACAACCACCCUCAAAGACCUUGACCUCAAUUUUGUAUUCAGAUUGCAGAGGUCCUGGUACGAAGAACUUCUCAGGCAAAUAGAUAAAGACUGUGAGUUCUUGGAAGCCGAGAGGAUCAUGGAUUACAGUUUGCUGGUUGGUCUUCACUUCAAAGACUCAUCUACGGGCAUGGAUACCAGACACAGCACUGGUGAAUUGGAGCUUGCUCUUAAGGACUCGCCAGCUGGUCGUCUCUCCAAGGUUGAAACUGACUGGAAACCACGAGUUCGAUUAGGGGCGGGCAUGCCUGCUAGGGUGGAGCAAGUUGUGGUGCGUCGUAGCGAUUAUGAAGGGGGCGGAGUAGAGUGGCCUCACGUUCAUGGCGAGAUAUAUGAUGUGGUCAUGUAUUUUGGGGUCAUUGAUAUUCUCCAAGACUACGAUAUCACUAAGAAGCUUGAGCAUGCCUAUAAGUCCUUCCAAGUUGAUCCAACCUCCAUCUCGGCUGUCGAUCCCAAGCUCUACUCCAAGAGGUUUCGCGAUUUUGUUCGCAGGGUUUUUGUCGAGGACAAGUGAUGGGGAGAGAACAAGAUCACGAGCGAGCUUGAAAACUUGAUUCAUUAGAGAGGAAAGGGAAUGAUGAUAGAGAAACUCAAUCGAAUUUGAGUUCGUCUCAGAGCUGAGUUAUGCUCGCCUCUCUUAAAAUGCGAUGUGGGCUCUCGGGGUGGGGGGUCGAGGCUUUUUCUGGUUUAAUUUUGGCCAGAAGUUGAAGAAAAUGCCAAGAAAUGGAAAAAGGGAUUUGCACAUGGUGGGGCUGAAUUUUUGGGAGUCAAUCAGCCCAGUGGGUAUGUUGGAGAGGAAUUUGUUUAUAUUUGUGGGCCUGAAGACGAGAAUCAAGAGAUUGAUUUUGUUUUUUCUUUUUAACCCUUUUCUUUUCGUAAAACCCCCCC